CAAAGUGAUGAGCAUGUUUACAAAUCGUUCUUGAACAUUUCCAAUAUGUACCGCAAAGAGCAUAAGGACAUAGGUGAAAUUUAUAGUGAGGUUGCUACCCUGUUUAAGGAUCAUCGAGAUUUGCUUGAGGAGUUCACUAGAUUCUUACCAGAUAGUUUCGCAGCACCUUCUACACAGCAUGCUCCGGAUGCUCGAAAUUCAUUGCAGCGCUUUAGUGAGCGGAGUUCUAUGGCACCCAUGAUGCGGCAAAUGCAAGUAUAUCGACGAAAGAGGCUUCCUUCUCAUGAUCGUGAGCGUGAUCUGAGUGUUGAACACCCUGAGAUGGAUGAUGACAACACAAUGAUGAACAUGCACAAGAAGCGGAGGAAACGUGAGAGUAAGGAUAUGAGGAUUAAUCGUGAUCAGGAUGAGAGAGAACCUGAUAAUAAUAACAGCAGGGAUUUGAACUUGCAGCGCUUUCAUGAGAAAAAGAAAUCUAUCAAGAAAGCUGAAGGUUUUGGGUUGGCUUCAGACUUUUCUUCUAAGGAAGACAAGGAUACCUUAAAGAACAUGUAUAGUCAAGCAUUCAGUUUCUUUGAGAAAGUUAAGGAGAAGUUGAACAGUGCUGAUGACUACCAAGCUUUCUUGAAGUGCCUUCAUAAUUUUUUCGUCAGUGAAAUAAUAAAAAGGAAUGAAUUGCAAAAUUUGGUAACCGAUUUACUUGGAAAGCAUCUUGAUCUUAUGGUGGAAUUCAAUGAUUUCCUGGAGUGUUUGGAAAAUAUUGAUGGGUUCCUUGCUGGUGUCAUGAGUAAAAAGUCACUAAGAUCAUCAAAGUUGGAGGACAAAGACAAAGACAAAGAGCAGAAGCGUGAGAUGGAUGGAGCUAAAGAGAAGGAAAGAUACAGGGAGAAGGAGUACAUGGGAAAAUCCAUUCAAGAACUUGACCUCAGUGACUGUAAACGUUGCACUCCCAGCUACCGGCUUCUACCUGCUGAUUAUCCAAUUCCUACAGCUAGUCAGAGAUCUGAGCUUGGUGCUCAAGUAUUGAAUGAUCACUGGGUAUCUGUGAGUUCAGGAAGUGAGGAUUACUCUUCCGAACAUAUGUGCAGGAAUCAGUACGAAGAGAGCUUGUUCAGAUGUGAAGAUGACAGAUUUGAGCUGGACAUGUUAUUAGAGUCUGUGAGUUCUGCAGCUAAACGUGCAGAGGAAUUAUAUAAUAACAUGAAUGAAAAUAAGAUCAAUAUGGAGACUCUGAACCGUAUUGAAGAUUACUUUACUGUUCAAAAUUUAAGGUGCAUUGAACGUCUAUAUGGUGACCAUGGUCUUGACGUUAUAGACAUAUUGCGUAAAAACCCAACUCGUGCGCUCCCUGUAAUAUUGACUCGACUGAAGCAGAAACAGGAGGAAUGGAGUCGGUGUCGUUCAGAUUUCAAUAAAGUUUGGGCUGAAAUUUAUUCUAAAAGUCACUUAAAGUGAAGCAGCAGAAAGAGGAU